UCUCGAGCAGCAAGCACGGCGCGACUUUGGUUCCCAAAAUGGAUUUAUAUUACGCGCCCUACGUCAGUGCCUGCCGCAACGUCCUUAUGGUGGCCAAAGCACUGGGCCUAGAGCUGAACAAGACGGUGAUCAGCACGAGGAAGGGAGAGCAGAUGAGCCCGGAAUUCAUCAAGAUCAACCCCCAGCAUUCUAUUCCCACACUGGUGGACAAUGGCUUUACUAUUUGGGAGUCGCGUGCCAUCGCCAUUUACCUGGUUGAGAAGUACGGCAAGGACGACUCCCUCUACCCAAAGGAUCCCCAGAAGCAGGCGGUGAUUAAUCAGAGGCUGUACUUCGACCACGCCUCUAUGUAUGGCUCCUUGGCUGGUUACUACUUCAAAAUCUAUGUCACUGGUCAGUUGGGCUCCGAGGAGGACUUUAAGAAGGUACAGGACACCUUUGGUUUCCUCAACACCUUCCUCGAGGGUCAAGAAUACUUUGCCGGGGAUCACCUCACCUUAGCCGACAUCGCCAUCCUCUCGAAUGUGACCAACUUCGAUGUCCUGGGCUUCGACAUUAGCCAGUAUCCGAACGUGGCCAAGUGGUAUGCGAAUGCCAAGAAGGUGACUCCAGGCUGGGAGGAGAACUGGGAAGGCGCUCUGGACUUGAAAAGCGAGCAACACAGAGUAAUCCCAAUUCCCGAUAUGGAUUUCUACUAUUCUCCUCGUGGCAGUGGAUGCCGCACGGUUAUCAUGGUGGCCAAGGCCCUUGGGCUUGAGCUGAACAAGAAGAUCGUGAAGAUCACCGAAGGGGACAACCGAAAGCCAGAAUUCUUGAAACUGAAUCCCCAACACACCAUUCCCACUCUGGUGGAUAAUGGAUUUGCCAUCUGGGAGUCACGUGCCAUCGCCGUCUAUCUAGUGGAGAAGUAACAUUCUGACUCUCUCUUCCCCAAGGAUCCCCAGACGCGGGCAGUGAUCAAUCAACGCCUAUAUUUCGAUAUGGGCACCCUUCACGACUCCUUUAUGAAGUACUAUUACCCCUUCGUCCGAACUGGCAAGCUCGGUCCCGCCGAAAACUUCAAGAAGAUCGAGACCGCCUUCGAGUUCCUAAACACCUUCCUGGAGGGACAGGACUAUGUAGCGGGCAACCAAUUCACCGUGGCCGACAUCGCCAUUCUGUCCAGUGUCUCCACCUUUGAAGUUGUCGAGUUUGACAUUAGCAAAUACCCGAAUGUGGCCAGGUGGUACGCCAAUGCGAAGAAGACAACUCCGGGGUGGGACGAGAACUGGGAGGGUCUUCUGCAGAUGAAGGCUAUGAUUGAGGCCCGAAAGGCCGAAGCAAAGUAGAAGAUAUUUAAAUAAUGUAUUUAACUUGUUAGCAAUGUAUGUAUUUGUUCUUUUAAUAUAUUAAACUAAGAGUUUAGAGAAACUUAACUAUCGUAAAAAACUAUUUAUUCAGAAUGUAUACGCCUAAAUAAAAAAAAAAAACACAACAAAUAUACGAACCACGAUGACAAACAA